UGAAAACAUUGUAUUCUACGUUUCGUGUAUUUCCCUUCAUUUAAAUCUAUAAUUUUUAUCGUCUACAUUUCUCAAGGUGUAAUCACAAUAAUAAAAGCAAUAAAAAUGAUUACGAUAAAAAUGAUGAUCUGUAAGUUCCAUUAUAAUAAUUGGAACAGUGCAAUUUGAAGUUGUGGUGGUGUUUAACCUCAAAUACUCACAAGAAAAUGUGUUUAUAUGUUCCAAAUUAUAUUUUUUGACUAAUUAGGAGAAGACAAUUAAAAUGUUACAUUCAACGGGAGCACUGUCACCACAAGACAUUUUGGUAGAAGUCAGAAAAUUUAUUUCUGGAGCGGUUAGGCCUACUCACAGUACUAGCACGCUCGAUGUGACUCGUACAGCUUUGUCUUUACUUCGAAAUGUACCUGCUGCCAGAGAUGCGGUGCUGGAAUAUUUUUGCAAUGUAUUUUUCGUUGCUGUUACCAAAUACGUUCGUCAAAUUGAAACAAAUCAAACUUUGGCGAUAUGUGAAGAAACAAUAAUAGCUGAAAUUCACAGUGUUCUGAGUAAUUUUAUUAAUGGGAACCCAGAAGCAUGGGCACCAAUCAUUUCAGCAUGGUCAUUGGAGUUACUAGGUAAAUUAUCUUCAGAUUAUGCAAAACGUGGAAACUUGCCUGUCAAUGCUGGAAUUAAUGAUUUCCUUCAACAAUGGAUGUCUUGUCGUGCUACUCGAACUCUGAUUGAUAUCACAGCUCAAUGUCUUCAAUGUCUUAUGCAUUCAGACACAGAAUCUUGUAUUAAAGCACUAUUGGAUACUAGUGUGUUGCAUAGUCCCCAUUUUGAUUGGGUGGUGGCCCAUGUUGGAAGUUGUUUUCCAAAUACAGUCAUCACCAGAGUGUUGUCAUGUGGCCUGAAAGAUUUUUGUGCAAUGGGGCAUGAGCAUAGUGUUAAAAAUCCUAAACUGAAUUCAGUAGUUGGAAUUUUGGGACAUUUGGCUGGUAGCCACUUUCAAGACAUUAGAAUAGCAUUAUUAGAUUUAUUCAAAUGGAGCUUGGAGGAGGAUGUAAAUGUUGAUGAGGAUACUAAAAACCAGAAAUUGGCCACUGUUCCAUUUCUUCUAAAUCUGGCAUCUCUUUCGCAAACUCUUUUAAAAGCAAUUACUAGCGAUGUGAUACAAACUUUAAAACCAGAUAUCAUCCCACAAUUAGCUUUGUUCGCGUCAGAUUGGUGCAAAUACUUUGAUAAUCAACCAGAAGCGUUGAUAGAUUUGACUGUCCAUUUAGUAUUAGGAUGUGAACAAGGAGCGUCCCAGAUAAUAAAUAUCUUACUGGAUACUAGUUUAAACACAAGUAAUGUUGGAUAUCACAGCAUUAACGCAGCUCAAAGCGUAAAAAACGUAUGCUCCGAAAUAUUAGAGUUGGUUUUACAAGAAAUCGAUCUGCUCUUGAGAACCCACGGACCACAAUCUGCAAAUAUUGCUCUAUUAACUUCUAUCAAACAAGAACUGCCAGUAAUACUACCAUUGCUUCUAAAUCAAAAUCCAUUAAGAGUUCAGACAGCCGUCAGGUUGCUAUGUUUUCUUGGAAGUCAUAGUCCCAAUAUGUUAAUAUCUGCGGCUUCGUAUAUGUUAGUUAAAGCUGUGACAACUUUUCAUCUUGCUGCUCUUAUACGUCUCGUUUCUAACAACAUUGUACUUUUUUCUUCUAAUAAGUUUGAAACGGAAAAUGUAUUAGCCAGUUAUGGUUACUUUACCCAAGUAGUAGAACAAGCUGUUAGAGAAAUAAAGUACAAAAACGUUUUAGAAAUACAAGAAACAAGACAACUCUUUCAAAAUAUUACGAUAUUAUUAAAGUGGGAAAAGUCUAACAAGGCAAUAGUGUUUCGGUCAAAAAUGAUAACACAGGCUAUAAAAUCCAACUUAUAUCAAAUUGCCGUCUUAUUAACGAAGACGACGGAUUUCAAUUUGGCCAAUGACAUUGCUGAAAUGUUAGAUCUAUUUAGUAUGCCGGAGAAAGAUAAUUUUAUGCCAAACGUAGAACUUACGCUAAAAUUAACAAGAGCUAUAAUUCAGUAUUUCUUUUUAUGCAUAGCACAGGAUGAUAUUACAAAGAAGCAGCAGGGAGUGAAAAUUGUUUGUCAUUUAUUGAAAGACUUGACUUCUUAUUCGCCAUGUGCUCGAGUUUUGGCUUUGCGAGAAAUUUUAGGACACAGUAUUAAUAAUGAUCCUGCCAAAUACUUCGGAGCAAAAGAAAAGUUUGAGUCGAAAUUUGAGGAAGCGUUACUUUUGCAUCAAAAUCACAAACAGGUGACAAGCACAAUGUUAGCUCAAAAACACUCUUCUGUUUUUCACGCUGGAGUGAUUGGACAUGGUCCUCGAAGACCUCCACCGGAAAAUAGAAUUGAUAAAGAAAUGAUUGUUUUAAAUAAAAUACUAUUGGUAGAUGUGAUAAAGGCUUGUUGUAGUAAUCGAGAAUCGGAACGAUAUCCAGUGAACCUGGAUGCCUUAACAAUGGUCAGUUUAUUGUUAGUUGAGCUAAUCUCAUCUGAUGUCAUGUAUAAUGGAUUGCCCUGGCCUGAUGAAGAAUUUACAAAGGUUACCAUAGAAAGAGAUUUGCAAAUCCGUCGAACGUUCAAGGAUGUGCCAUUAUUAUGGACAUUGUUAGAAUUGACAGCUUGGUAUAGGCCAGCUUUGGCUUAUUGUUCGGUCUUGUUAAGAGGUAUUGCAGCCACAGUUAUGGCUAACUGGAAUACAGAAGAGGGUGUUUUGCUCGUGAGUGUUAUGGCACUUGGUCAAUUAUUACCACCUCCAUUGGCAAGCAUAAGGGAUAUCUUGCCUGUUUUAGAACUGCAUCAGGUGCGCAAUAUCUAUACUUACAUGCGUGAGAAUGUCCCAUCUCCAGCACUUUUCACGCGUAGCGAAGGAGCUAACAUUGCCUGGCGAGAUACGGACACUUCUACUCCAAACUCACGAUUCACGGAAACUCUUCGUCUAGUAUUGUUAUCGAAUAUUCACACGUUGGGGCCAAUUUAUGCAGCCCUCUUUUACAACGAGAACAAAUAA